AUGGCCCUGAAUGAUAUUGAGGUGCAGAAGCGGAUUAAGCACAUGCUGGCUUUCAUUGAGCAGGAAGCCAAUGAAAAGGUAGAAGAAAUAGAUGCCAAGUCUGAGGAGGAAUUCAGCAUUGAGAAAGUACGUCUUGUGCAGACUCAACGAACGAAGAUUAUGGAGUACUAUGAGAAAAAGGAAAAGCAGAUAGAGCAGCAGAAGAAAAUCUAUAUAUCCUCCAUAAGGAAUCAAGCAAGGCUGAGGGUCCUGACAGCUCAAAAUGAAUUCGUCUCAGAGCUGCUGGAUGAUAUGAAGGUGAAACUCAUCAGGCUGGUGGAAAACCCAGAAGUAUACCAGGGGCUGUUGUAUAAACUAGUGCUCCAGAGUCUGCUCCGACUGCUGGAGCCUGUGAUGAUUGUACGCUGCAGGCCACAGGACCACGUCCUAGUAGAGGCUAUAGUGCAAAAAGCCACCCCUGAAUACAUGAAAGUCUCACAAAAACAGGCGAAAGUCCAAGUUGAUCGAGAGGUGCACCUACCUAUGAACACAGUGGGAGGUGUGGAGGUCUACAGUGGAAAUUAUAGAAUAAUGAUUUCCAAUACCCUGGAAAGUCGGCUGGAUCUGAUAGCCGAGCAAAAGAUGCCAGAAAUACGAAAGGCCUUAUUUGGAAUCAAUCCCAACAGGAAGUUUUUCCUGUAA